AUGGAAAAAUCAAUCAUCUGGCCGUUUUACGAGCCAGAAGAAAAAACAAAUAGUAUGCAAGAACAAAACGAACAAUAUUCUGUUAAAUUAGAUGAUUGGGAUUUCGACGUUGUAGAUAAAACAACAACUAUUCUUUCUAUUAAAGAAGCAACAGACGAUAACAAAAGAGCGAAUAAUUCAUUGAUUUCUUCGCUCAACAUAUUGAAAGACUUUGGAAAUGGAUUUAGAAAACUUAAAGGGCAAAAGAUUGAUGUUGCUCAAAUUAGUGAAAAUGAAUGCACAUCAAGUGUUUGUAAAUUGUCCGCAGAGGAAAUUCUUCGAUUUGGCGGACAAAAGUUUAUGCAACGUAUUGAAUUUGAUCAUACAUUUGUCGACUCAUUGUGUAGUCUUUCGGAGGAAGAGUCUAGAAGUGUAAUGCUCGUCGAACGACUACUUGCUUCUGCAGAGAAAGUCGGGGAGAAGGUUUAUGAUAUCGCGAUUGAUCUUUUAAAUGAAUGCGAUAAGUUGAGUUACAAAACAGGGCACCCUGUUGAGAGAUUGGUGUACUAUUUCUCUCGUGCUCUACGUGAACGAGUUGAUAUUGAAACGGGGAAGAAUUGCACGAAAGGCUUAGGGAUACGUAGAAUGAGAGAUCUUCAGGAGACGUUAAGGAGUAUAAACGCGUGCACGAUUGCAGUUCAGGACAUGCCAAUGUGUGAAGUCGUGAAAUUUGCUGGAAUACAAGCUAUACUUGAAAAUGUAGAGAGCUCGAAAAAGAUUCAUAUAGUUGAUCUCGAGAUCAAAAUGGGAGUGCAAUGGACAAUCCUAAUGCAAGCACUCGCAACUCAAUGCAGUAACCUUGAAUAUCUUAAGGUUACUGCAUUGAUAGAUGUUCAAUCAAGGACUAACGUCGAGGAGACAGGUAAACGACUAAUGAGUUUUGCUAAGUCCUUACACUUUCCGUUAUGUUUCAAGAUAGUUAUGGUGGAAGAUAUCUUUGAUCUAAAGCGAGAAGACUUAGACAUCGAUCCUGAGGAAUCCCUUGCAGUUUACUCGCAAUUUUUACUCUCUAAUAUGAUAACACAUCAAGAUAGACUCGAUUUCUUGAUGGGAUUCAUCAAAGGUUUGAAUCCUCGUAUAAUGGUUGUUGCAGAAGUCGAGGCAAAUCUUAACUCUCCUGUUUUUGUUAACCGUUUCAUUGAAGCUCUAUUCUAUCACGGUGCUUACUUUGAUUUGUUCGAGGAUUGUAUGAGAAACAACGAAUCAACUAGGAACGCUAUGGAGGAAGAAGUAAUGUGGCAUGGAAUAAGGAACAUUAUCGCGAAUGAGGGUGAGGAAAGGACAAUGAGACAUGUAACGAUCGAGUUAUGGAGAGAGUAUUUCAAGCGAUUUGGAAUGGUGGAGAUGAAAAUGAGUGACUCGUCGUUGUACCAAGCUAAGACGGUGGUAGAAAAAUUUACUGGUAAGAACUCUUUCACGCUCGAGAUGAAUGAAAAUUUUGUUACAAUUGGAUGGAAAGGAACUCCUUUGAACUCACUAUCUGCAUGGAAGUUCCACAAAAGAAGCACUUUUCAUAUAGCUAAUUACCUCACUCUUUGA